AUGAUUGAUGCCGUCGCAGAUAAUGAAAUUUUAAGUUUAUUAGAUGGAUAUUCUGGGUACAACCAGAUUUAUAUUGCUAAAAAUGAUGUGUCAAAAACUGCCUUUAGGUGCCCAGGUGCCUUGGGAACUUACGAAUGGGUAGUAAUGCCUUCUAGCUUGAAAAAUGCUGGGGCAACAUAUCAAAGAGCAAUGAGCUUAAUUUUUCAUGACUUGAUCAAAAAAUUCAUGCAGGUUUAUAUUGAUGACAUAGUGAUUGGAUCGAAACGAAAAGUAGAUCAUAUACAACACCUGGAAUUGUCUUUCGAGAGAAUGAGGAAACAUGGGCUGAAAAUGAAUCCAUUGAAAUGUGCUUUCGGUGUUUCAGCGAGGGAUUUCCUAGGGUUCGUCGUACACCAGAAAGGCAUUGAAAUAGAUAAGAACAAGACUCGAGCCAUCAUGGAAACUAAGCCUCCUUCGAAUAAGAAGGAGUUACAGUCUUUGAAAAGGGAGGAAGAAUUUCGAUGGGACGAAAUUCAUCAAAAGGCACUCGAGGAGAUCAAGAAUUAUUUGAUCAACCCUCCAGUGAUGGUGCCACCCUCUGAAGGAGGAAAGCUAAAAUUAUAUGUCUCGGCCAAUGAUUCGACCAUUGCGGGCAUGCUGUCGCAAGAUGACGAAAAUGGUAUCGAAAGAGCCAUUUAUUACAUCGGUAGGAUGUUAGUCGAGGCUAAAAUCAGAUACACUCCUUUGGAGAAGUUAUGUCUGAGUUUGUAUUAUGCUUGUACAAAGCUGAAGCAUUAUAUUAAACCUUAUGAUGUAUUCGUGUUCUGUCGAAUUGAUGUGAUUAAAUAUAUGUUAUCUAAACCUAUCCUGCACUCUCGAGUUGGGAAAUGGGCUCUUGCAUUGACCGAGUAUUCGUUAACGUUUGUUCCCCUCAAAGCCACAAAAGGGAAAGUAAUCGCUGAUUUUCUCGUGGAUCACUCGAAUUUAACUGAACAGGUUAAUUAUUUAACCACGAAAUCAUGGGAACUAUUUUUUGAUGGAUCGAAACACGAGUCAGGAGCAGGAAUCGAAUUACUGAUUAUUUCAUCGGGUGGGAUUCCCACUAAAUUCUUAUUGAGAACAAAAUCCGAAUGCUUGAAUAAUGAAACUGAAUACGAAGCAUUGAUUAUUGGGCUAAAAUUGCUUAAGGACUUGGGGGCAAGGAACAUAAUCAUUCGAGGUGACUCGCAACUCGUGAUUAAACAGUUAACUCGAGAAUAUAAAUGCAUGAAUGAAAAGUUACUCGAAUGUAAUUCUCGAGCUACAGAUUUGUUAAAUUCAUUUGAUGAGGUCCAAUUAGAACAUAUUCCUCGUAACGAGAACGAAUUUGCGAAUGAACUAGCUCAGAUUGAUUCCGGGUACAAGAUAAGCAGGGAAUGUCUCGAAUCUCUUAUUUGUAUAAGGAAUAAGUUGAGUGACGAACAUGAAUGCCUCAUCGUUGACACCUCAACCAUUCAGGAUUGGAGGAAAGAGCUAAUCGAAUAUCUGCAAAGUCCAAAUUUGCAAGCUGACAGAAAAGUUAAAUAUCGAGCUCUCAAUUAUGUGAUAUUGAACAAUGAGUUGUUCAAGAGAGGCUUCGAUGGAGUUCUGUUUAAGUGCCUUGGAAAUCAUGAGAGCUACAUAGUCAUGGCAGAGGUACAUGAAGGGAUUUGUGGUGCCCAUCAAGCGGGAGAGAAAAUGAAAUGGACUUUGUCCAGAAAAGGAUAUUUUUGGCCAAGCAUGUUCAAAUAUUGUAUCGAGUUUGCAAAGGGUUGCGAAGAGUGCCAGAAACAUGGCCCAAUACAUAGAGUACCAGCAACCGAGUUGCAUACGAUUGUUAAACCGUGGCCUUUUCGAGGUUGGGCAAUUGACGUAAUUGGCCAGAUCCAUCCUCCAUCAGCAAAAAUCCAUAAGUACAUAAUCGUGGUUAUCGAUUAUUUUACGAAAUGGGUGGAAGCAAUUCCUGUAAAAGAAGUUGACCAGAAAGAGGUGAUAAAUUUUAUUGAAGAGCAUAUCAUAUUUCGAUUCGGAAUACCCCAGACAAUAACUACAGAUCAAGGAACGGUGUUCACAGGUCAAAAAGUGGUCCAGUAUGCCCAGUCGAGAGGAAUCAAAAUGAUUACUUCGACACCCUACUAUGCACAAGCUAACGGCCAAGUCGAGGCUGCCAACAAAGUGAUCAUAGCGUUGAUCAAAAAACAUAUUUUGGGGAAACCUCGAAAUUGGUAUGAAACAUUGCUGCAAAUAUUGUGGGCUUACAGAAAUUCACCUAGGAAUGCCACCCAAACUACGCCAUACAAGUUGGUGUAUGGUCACGAAGCAAUUUUUCCUAUUGAUAUCAAUUUGCAAUCCAUUCAUGUGCAAAGGCAAAAUGAGUUACCAGUCGAGGAUUAUUGGAAUUUAAUGUACGAUGAACUAAUUCGACUGGAUGACAAAAGAAUGACAACCAUGCAAAAUGUCAUUCACCAGAAAGAAAAAAUAGCUCGAGUUUAUAACAAAAAGGUUAAGAGAAAACAAUUUUCGAGUGGAGACUUAGUCCUAAAAGUCAUCCUCCCAAUGGACCAAAAAUCUCGAGAUCGGGGUAAAUGGACCUAUAAUUGGGAAGGACCGUUCAUCAUCGAAAGACUCUACUCGAACAAUGUAUACUUGAUCAAAGAGUUAAAUUCGAGAAAUGCAAGUAAAGUGAUCAACGGAAAAUAUUUGAAGAAAUUCCAUGAAAGUAGCAUGUACUAA